AUCUAUCACAGACGAAAUCGGUUACAACCGCCAGACGCAACACCGCAGUGUUCACCACGCGCCACCGAAUCAGGGCGUACACAUGGCGGCCAUAUUCUCCACCAGUGCUAUGCUCCAUAGCUUUAUUUUCGCUUCAUCGCGUAAAUCCUCCACUCCGUUAACCACCACUACAUCCAGGUGACUUUCUUCUACGUUAUUCAAAUUCAUUUGUUUUUUUUUUCUUAUCAAAUCAUUUGAGUAUGUGUUCAAGUGCACAGAUUCAGGGCAAAAAUGUCGUCGUCGGCGGUGACGGUUACAUCGCUGGAAAGUACUCCAAUCGUGGUACGUGUUUCUCUGUGUCCUCUUAAUUUGCAUAAUUGAGAUUGAGAUUGCAGAAGUGUGUCGAAAGAGACUGAUUGCGAUCUUAAUUACGUGUUACGAUUGAUGAUAUUUUUACAAUUGGAAGUGGAAUGUUUAUGGUGUUAACAACACAGCUUGGAUUUGGCGGUGUGGCGGUGGAUCUCUUGGCUACUGUGGCUGCGUUCCCUAACCCGGAUGACAAGAUCCGUAGCACCAGCUUGAAGGUACUGACUCUAGAAGAUGUUUUUAUGUUUGGAGGUACAAGGAGGUGGUAAUGCAGGAAAUGCUCUAACUUGUGCAGCUCGUUUAGGAUUGAAUGCGAGGUUAAUAUCCAAGGUUGCCAAUGAUGCUCAAGGGAGAGGAAUAUUGGAGGAAUUAGAAGCUGAUAGUGUAGAUGUGUCCUUCUCUGUGGUUUCUGAAGAAGGAAAUUCACCAUUUACCUAUGUCAUUGUGGACAAUCAAACGAAAACUCGAACUUGCAUUCAUACUCCAGGCUCGCCUCCAAUGAUUCCCAAUGACAUCUCCAAUUCAACAUUGUUAGCUGCAUUGGCUGGAGUGAAGCUUGUUUAUUUUGAUGUACGGUUACCUCAAACUGCCUUAGUUGUUGCACAUGAGGCAAAUCGCAGGAGAAUACCGAUUCUAGUUGAUGCUGAACGGCCAAGAGAAGGCCUGGAUGAUCUUCUAAAUUUAUCAGACUACGUGGUGUGCUCGGCAAAACUUCCAGAGACAUGGACUGGAGCUCCAUCUGUUCCAGGUGCACUUAUUUCAAUGCUCUUGAGGUUGCCAAAAGUCAAGUUUGUCAUUGUAACUUUAGGUGCUGAUGGUUGCAUAAUGCUUGAGAGAAGCAUUGGUGCAGAGAAUGAUCGAGCUGAAGAAAUGGAUGUAGAUGACUUACUAGAGCAAUUGAAGCGCAAAGCGGACAGUAGUACAGCUGACCCAACAUGCAUUUCCUCGGACGUCAAAAGAUUGCAGGCAAAGGGGAUUGGGGUUGUGUGUGGGAAGCUAUUGUUUGGCACAGCUGAGAAGAUACCACAGUCAGAGCUCGUGGAUACAACAGGUGCUGGAGACGCAUUUAUAGGAGCUGUUCUAUAUUCCAUUUGCACCAACAAGCCUCCAGAACAGAUGUUACCUUUUGCAGCUCAAGUGGCAGCAAUCAGUUGUCGAGCUUUAGGAGCUCGUGCUGGUCUUCCAUGUCUCACAGAUCCUCGUUUAAUACCAUUUUCACAAUAACCACCCCUAACGACUUCACCGUAAAACUUAUUUCCAGCUUAAUGUUCUUGUUUUUACUGCAAUUCAUUGUUAAUUUGAAUUGCAUUUUAUACAUUUGUGACCGUACAAUUUAAGUUAACGAGAAGAACAGGAAAACCAUGCU